CCAACCCGGUAGUGGCAGAAACCCCAAGAAACGACCCGCUCCCCCCUCGUCGGCGCGUGUUUCCUCGAACGAGUCCCCGACAAGCCGUGACAUUGCUGACCCCUUGGUCGAACCAUGAGCAAAUCAGUCCAAGUUUCCUUUUUUCCUGUCUGUCGUGACCUUGCUUUCUCUCUUUUUCUUCUUUUUUUUCCAUACUUCCUCAACAGCCCGGUCUCCCUCCCUCCCUCUCUCUCCGUCUCUCUCUCUCUCUCUCUCUCUUGGUCUCUUUCACUCUCUUAUCCAAAUUCGAUUAUCAACAUCCUUCCCCUCCAAACUUCUCGUUCGCUUCUUUGGCAACACCUCUUUUUCUCUCUUUCUCCUACUUAAUUAGUUUGUGCUGUCUUGGGUGGGUGGCACAAACUGUCUCUUCUUCAUCUAACCGGUACUGAGACCGAGGAGCAAGACACUGACUGACUGUCCUUGUCCGAUACUCGCUCGGCUCAAAAAGGGGCCUACGCCCAUAACCCAUCCAUCCACACCCGCAUCCACAUCCACACCAUACAUCCACGUCCGCGCCGCUGGACCCGUUUCUCCAUCGGAUUCCUUCCGUCCAAAAUCCCACCCUCCCUUGCAACCUGAUCCCUUACGCUUCUACAUUAUCUCUCUUGUCUUGGCUCUGCCUCCUGCGGUCUGCAUUGCUCCGUGGACGAAGGCGGGCGCGCCAACCAACGCAACGGAAACCGAGAGAGCAUCGUAUCCUGACACACGUCGACAACCUCUCCGCCUCCUCGUUGACCCUGCAAUGUCCUCGACCUCGGCUUCGAUAUGACCCAAGUCGCACUCUUAAUUCUCGACCAUCAGCUGACAGCUCCCGCCCUUACGUGACGACAUUGCCCCCGCGACCGACUUGCCUCCGCUUCCCUCACCAGGGACACCACGAUGGAGUCUCUUCGCCCUACCUAUCCGCUUCCUCGCCGCGUCGCGACUGCUCCUGUACCGACGCAGAUGUCCCGCCCUUCCUCCUCGGCCGGCGGUCUCAUCGAGACACUCUACAACCAUCCCAAUGUCAAAAUCGUCGCCUUCACUGCCGUCUCCAGAGGCCGCCCCCGAAGCCCGGGUCGCGGCCUUACCGACGAGCCUGGCCAUUUAUCAGCCUACUCGCAGCUGGAAAGAACCAUUGCAAUCGGCCCGUUUCGCAUCUACCGCACCGGUUCUGUGGCCUUUCUUAAUUGCGGUUCCGCCCUCCAGCCAAUGUUGCCGAAAAGCCAAUGCUGGGCCCUUGCCGAAGACUCGAGCAAAUUUGUCCUACAGAUUCGUCGACCCAAUUACUGGAGGAUAGAGAUCCCCGUCACCAAUCCUGAUGAACAGGAGCUCGCCGUCGCACUAAAGGGGGUUUGGGACCAGAUUCUCCAGUUCGAGAAGACAGAAUGCCCCUUCAAACGAUCAUUUACCAUCGCCCUCCCCGACAAGCCAAAGACGCCCGUUAAGAAGCGGCCGUGGACCCCUCCCGUGAAGGGAGCCCUACCAGUUCUAUCCACACCGGCUCACGAGGUUGAGGCUUCGCCGACCCCGAGGGCUCUGACCCCCAAUACCGGCAGAAGAGCCUCGACAACCUCACUUCGCGGCCGUCGUCUUUCAGUCAUCAGCAAUGACGUACGGUCGAGUUCCCGGUCGCGAGAGCCUAGCACAGAGAUACCAGCAUUCGCCGAGUCAAAGGAGGACGAGCAGUAUUCUACAACCGAGGCGACUGAGACAACCGCUCCUGCAACAGAGUCGCACAUGAAAACCGAAGAGGCAGUGGAGGAUAUUCCCCGCCUGGUUGUCGAGACGGCAUCCCAAAUGGUGGCUGGGAAGAAAAAACAGGCUAUCGAUGUAGCAGACAGAGAAGCAUCCGCGGUUUACGAAGUCCACAAUCUUACCGCAGCUGAGGACUCGAUCGCCGAGGAAGCGGAUUUCGAGGAUGAUGAGCCCAAUGCAGAGUUGAGCAGUUUAGUUGUGGCCCAAUCGACAAAGCCUCGGCCUGCUGGGGAAGUACAGUGUGACGCGAGAGAUUUGGACAGCGCCAAAGCGGCCACAGUUACAGCUGCUCUGGUUUCGAAGCCUGAGACCGGUUCGCCAUCAACCUCUGCAUCAGCGCUCCCGACAGAAAUGUUUGGUCGCCUAAAGGACAAUGAAACCCUUCAAAUGCCUUCAGGGGCUCUAGCGGUGUCCACAUUGGCAAGCGCUCCUAGGGACGCUAGAACAGAUGUUUGCACAGAUACUGCCGUAUGCUGCGAGCAACUAGCAGAACCUGGUUCUCCCCUGAACGAAAUUAAGGAGCAGCUUAUCACUGUGGAGGUGCCCCCCAAGACACCACUGCUGGCUGGAACUAGCACACCGACGCCCACAAAUAUUUACGACGUUAUUCGCAACUACGAGUACAAGAUGGCCGCUGCUGCACUCGAGCCUGCACCGGCUGUAGAUGAGCCCGCAAUUGUUCCCGAGGCCGAGGCGGACAAUGCCCACGAGAAUGCAUCGGGUAUCGAGUCACACUCAGGGUCCGAAGAAGAGGCAGUACUUGAAGGCAGCGGAGUCGUGGGCGGCAGACGCAAGAAACUCCGCGGCUUCAGGGCCGGCCGAGCCCUUGUGCCUCCUCAGCUGACGGUUGUGACUUCGCCUCCAUCCAAGUCGGCCAUGAGAUCGACCCCGAUCCUGGAUGAUGCGGCGUCACCCACAGGAUCGGCAGAUUCGUUCCAUAGCUCCCGGUCUUGGCACUCGCCGGUCACACCAGUUCCUCGGUCCCCUGCUUCGGAUGCCUCUCCCACAAGGUUCCCUUACCCUCACGAUAACAUUCUGAUUCCGAAGAAGCCUUGGCACUAUCGCGACAUCUCGGAUUUGACUGUCACCCCAGAGACUCGACGCACGUGGGAUGCUACUUCGUCUCUUACGGAUGACAGCUCGCAGGAAAGCGCGGCUACUGCACCGGAUAUUGCCUCCGAGGUAGUGGAACAACCUGACAAGGUAGCCCUCUCGGAAGAUGAAGCUACCACGUCAGCGGUUGCACGUCGCCCGUACAUUCGUCAUCGGUCAACAACUAGCGGUAUUUCGGUCGGCCACAGGGCUCUGUCGCCUCUUCCUACUGCGGCCAACUUGUUUGCUCCUUCAAACACCCAAGCCAGGCACCACCCCCUGCGCAGUCGACUGGAACUUGUCCGCAGGAUUCCCAUGGCUAUCGUGUCCAAAACUUGCGAGGUUCUGUUGGGUCCGCCGAGCCAUCUUAUUGCCCUGAUGCUCCAGGUGGCUGCUAAGAUCGCUGCUGGGCAAUGGCGUGGCAUGAUGUUCGGUUUCGGCGAGGGCGGAGAGACCAUCCCCGUGCAGUGGGACUACUCUGACGACGAGUAUGAUAGCUGGGGCGAGAACGAUGACUUUUACCUUAGCCAGGUCGAGUCUUCACGCGCGAGCAGCGUCAUCGGCGGCGAUGAUGCCGAUAGUGACGCGGCCACCGACAAUGCAAACGGGACGGGCCGGGGUUGGGAGGUCGACUGAAGCCCACACAGGGCGACGGUCUGUAAUGAGUUCAUGUAUGACAAUUGUACGUUUUCCCGCUAGGGACUGCAUCUGGGUAGGAGAGUUUUGGGCGUUUUCUUUUUCAAGGGCAAAGUGAGGCUCCGCGCCGUCGUCUUUGGAUAUCAAAGGGAGACUGGCUUUGGACUUCAUGGUCGACAAAUUCGUGCCCAACGCAACCAGUAUAGCCAUUGGCUGACCUUGAUUUUCCUUUGCUUCCUCAUUUUUAUUCUGAUGUACAAAUAUGGGAAUGGUAGUAUGGGCCUCCCGUCACUUUUCUACCCUCGACAAUACGAGACAUUUAUUCGAUACUCUGUGGUUCCAUCAGUUACCGACCAGAGAAGAAUCUACUUCAUUGUCUU